GAGGGAAAGGAGAGAGAUGAGAGGAUUAAAGAGGAGAGGCGGCUCCUCUGUGUGCGGCUCCUCUGUGUGCGGCUCUUCUGUGGCUGUGCUGUGUCUGCUGUUAACAGUUGGUGGCGCUGCAGGGUUUGAGGCUGUGGUCCCCGGUGACAUCAUGAUCGGUGGCAUUUUCCCUCUUCAUGAAGACGUCCAGAGAAACACAUCCUUCGCCCCCAAAAUCCCCCAGUGUGUCAGAAUUCUGGACCGUGGUGUGGUCCGGGCGUUAGCGAUGGUGGACGCGGUGCAGAGGGCUAACGCCGCUCCUCUUUUGGCUAACGCCAACCUGACUCUGGGUCUGUGGAUCCGGGACUCCUGCUCUGACGUCAGCACAGCCCUUAGGGCCACAGAGGACUUCAUCCGAGAGGAGAGACACUGUGGAAAUACUACUACAGCAGAUACUACUACUACAGAUACUAAUACUGGAAAUACUACUAUUGCAGAUACUACAGCCACGGGGAGGAGGCGACCCGUCAUGGCACUGGUCGGAGCUGGUCAGUCUGAAAUUUCCAUCGCUGUUGCUCGUCAGCUCACGCUCCAGAUGAUCCCUCAGAUCAGCUACUCUUCCACGGCAUCUAUUUUGAGUGACAAGUCUCGUUUUCCUGCCUUUCUGCGCACCAUCCCGAAUGACGAGCACCAGACGGGGGCGAUGGUGAGCCUCAUCUCAUCUUUUCAGUGGAGCUGGGUGGGGAUGGUCACUACAGACGGUGACUAUGGACUCUCAGCUCUCAAUAACUUCCUCUGGCAAACGGCUGACCGCCAGAUAUGUGUUGCGUUUAAAUCUGUCCUCCCAGAAUCUGUCACCAACCAGAACAUCCACGCAGCAAUUCGCCAAACAGCCUUAACCAUCUACAACAAUCCCAAAGUCAAAGUGAUCGUUUCGUUCGCAAAGCCGACCAUCAUGGAGUCUCUCUUCAAGGAGUUGAAGAGGCAGACGCUCGCAGCCGGCGACAGCCUGGACGCCAUGAGACGAGUUUGGAUUGCCAGUGACAGCUGGUCCUCGAUGGACCUUAAAAACGUGGAGGAGCUUGGACACGUGGUGGGCUUUCACUUCAAAAGAGGAAACAUUGAGCAGUUUGUCAACUUCCUGUCCAGACUAGAAGCAUCUGAGGAGGGGGAAGGCCCAGAGAACAGUCCGGAGCUGAAGAGGUUUUACAGGACGUUAAAUGCAGAAAAAGGAGAGGGGCGGAGUCUGAGGCCGGAGCUUUACGCAGACGCUGUGUUCAGUGUGCAGAUGGCUGUGCUCGCCAUUGCUUAUGCUGCUGUGGAAAUGUGUCGCCAUAACGACUGCAAAACCCCGGAAGCCAUCCAACCGUGGCAGCUGCUUGAGGCUUUGUGGAUGGAGGAGUUUGAGACGGAGGGGGCGCGGUACAGAUUUGACCAGAGAGGAGACAUUAAUCUGGGCUACGAUGUGAGUGUGUGGAAGGUCCAGGCUGGAGGUACUGUCCAGGAGACAGUGGCCGAGUAUCAACCCCAAAAUCACAGCUUCUCGUUCACCAGAGGGGAUGCCAUGAACCCUCUCACGGCUCUCAAGAACAUCGUCUCUAGAUGUUCCAGCAGCUGUGCUCCAGGGCAGUUUAAGAAGUCAGCUGAAGGACAGCACACCUGCUGCUACGAGUGCAUCAACUGCACCGAGAACUACUACUCAAACAGCACGGACAUGGACCAGUGUUUCAGCUGUAACACUGACCGCGAGUGGGCACCGGAGGGCAGUGUGGCCUGUAUCCCCAAAGAGAUGCUCUUCUUCUGCUGGAACAACGGCUUCGCGAUCGUCCUGGUGGCGUUUUCCGCUCUGGGAAUUGUACUCGCACUCCUCAUAUCUGCUCUGUUCUAUCACCAACGACACACUCCGGUCGUACGCGCCUCCGGGGGACCCUUGAGCCAAGUCAUCCUGUACUCCCUCAUCGUUAGCUUCGUUAGCGCAAUGCUGUUUGUCGGCCAACCCAACAGUGCGCAGUGCAAAGCUAGACAAGUUCUUUAUGGGAUUAGCUUCACAGUUUGCGUGUCUUGUGUCCUUGUAAAAACACUUCAGAUCUUGCUAGCGUUCCAGUUCAACCCAGCACAACAAGAUGUGCUGCGCAAACUCUUCCAGCCAUACGUUAUUGUUAGUGUUUGCUCCGCUCUGCAGGUUGUUACAUGCAUCUGCUGGCUUGUUCGAAAAAGCCCGUUUAGUUACAUCAUCAAUCAAAACACCACGCUGCUCCAAGACUGUCACGAAGGCUCGUACAUUGCGUUUGGCGUCAUGCUAGGCUACAUCGCUCUGCUAGCUUUCAUUUGCUUUGUCUGCGCAUUCAAAUGUCGCAAACUCCCUCAGCAGUACAACGAGGCGAGGUUCAUCACAUUUAGCAUGCUGCUUUAUCUCAUGUCCUGGUUACUUUUUAUCCCCAUUUACGUCACCACGUCUGGCGUCUACCUUCCCGCCGUUGAGAUGGUCGUCAUCUUAAUCUCCAAUUAUGGAAUCCUGAGCUGUCACUUCUUCCCCAAAUGUUACGUAAUUCUUUUGAAAAAGGACAAAAAUACCCAGAGCGCAUUCAAGAAGUCUCUUUACGAGUACUCGAGUAAAAGUACAGCAUCUUUUGAGACUUCAGAGAGUUCAGAAAAUGCCGUUGGAUUGGACUGGUCCACUGUAGAAAUCAAAAGUGUUGAAGUGUCAGUUUUGAAUCAGGAUUUGAAACAGAGGCAGAGCCUGAGGCGGAGCUUCAGUGUGUGAUUUAAGCUUUUUACUCCAGAGUCUUUUUACUGUGUUAAAAUGAAUAUCUUGUAUAUUUUGGGGGAAUAAUGACGACUGUAAUCAGACAGUGAUUCUGCCUCAGAAAUGUGUCAAACUGCUGUAAAUGUGAAGAAAAAUCACUUUAUUCUGAAGAUUACACAAACUGUUUUUCUCUGUUUUUGCAUUAUGUAUGUAUUUGUUGGUUCAUUUAAAGGUGCUGUACCUGGUUUUGUUUCUGAAACAGAACUAGUUCAUUUUAAACAGUUACUCUUCACUUACCUUACGCAUACUGAACAUCCUAAUUAUUCACCACGAUGAGUUUAUAAGCAUGGAGUUUUGCCAUUAUGGUAAAGCUAAUGACAACUAGCAUGCUAACAGUCCACUUCCUGAUUAUCAGCCAAAAACUCUUUAUAAGCUGGGGCCAGACUUAUUUGACUCAAAUACAUGAAACAUACAUACAGCGCAUUAGCCUUUUGUUUUUGUUUAUUGUGAAAACAACAGUGGACGCUCUAGUGCUCCCCUCUGGUCAAAAUAUCUCACUGUUAUAAUGUGUGUGAAGGACCUGUAUGUGAAGGACCUGUGUAUGAAGGAUCUGUGUGUGAGGGGCCUGUGUGUGUGUAGGACCUAUGUGUAAGGGACCUGUGUGUGUGUAAGACCUGUGUGUGAGGAACUUGUGUGUGAAGGACCUGUGUAUGAAGGAUCUGUGUGUGUGGGGCCUGUGUGUGUGUAAGACCUGUGUCUGAGGGACUUGUGUGUGAAGGACCUGUGUGAGGGACCUGUGUGUGAAGGAUCUGUGUGUGUGGGGCCUGUGUGUGUGAAGGACCUGUGUGUGAGGGACCUGAGUGUGUGUAAGACCUGUGUGUGAGGGACCUGUGUGCAAGGGACCUGAGUGUGUGUAGGACCUGUGUGUGAGGGACCUGAGUGUGUGUAGGACCUGUGUGUGAGGGACCUGAGUGUGUGUAAGACCUGUGUGUGAGGGACCUGUGUGUGUGUAGGACCUGUGUGUGAGGGACCUGUGUGUGAGGGACCUGUGUGAGAGGGACCUGUGUGUGUGAGGGACCUGUGUGUGAGGGACCUGAGUGUGUGUAGGACCUGUGUGUGAGGGACCUGAGUGUGUGUAAGACCUGUGUGUGAGGGACCUGUGUGUGAGGGACCUGAGUGUGUGUAAGACCUGUGUGUGAGGGACCUGAGUGUGUGUAGGACCUGUGUGUGAGGGACCUGAGUGUGUGUAGGACCUGUGUGUGAGGGACCUGAGUGUGUGUAGGACCUGUGUGUGAGGGACCUGUGUGUGUGUAAGACCUGUGUGUAAAGGACCUGUGAAAGGACCUGUGUGUGAGGGACCUGUGUGUGUGUAGGACCUGUGUGUGAGGGACCUGUGUGUGAGGGACCUGUGUGUGUGAGGGACCUGUGUGUGAGGGACCUGAGUGUGUGUAGGACCUGUGUGUGAGGGACCUGAGUGUGUGUAAGACCUGUGUGUGAGGGACCUGUGUGUGAGGGACCUGAGUGUGUGUAGGACCUGUGUGUGAGGGACCUGAGUGUGUGUAGGACCUGUGUGUGAGGGACCUGAGUGUGUGUAGGACCUGUGUGUGAGGGACCUGAGUGUGUGGGACCUGUGUGUGAGGGACCUGUGUGUGUGUAAGACCUGUGUGUAAAGGACCUGUGAAAGGACCUGUGUGUGCGUGUGUGUGUGCAGGACCUGUGUGUGAAGGACCUGACCUGUGUGUGAGGGACCUGAGUGUGUGUAGGACUUGUGUGUGAAUGACCUGUGUGUGUAAGACCUGUGUGUGAGGGACCUGUGUGUGUGUAAGACCUGUGUGUAAAGGACCUGUGAAAGGACCUGUGUGUGCGUGUGUGUGUGCAGGACCUGUGUGUGAAGGACCUGACCUGUGUGUGAGGGACCUGAGUGUGUGUAGGACUUGUGUGUGAAUGACCUGUGUGUGUAAGACCUGUGUGUGAGGGACCUGUGUGUAAAGGACCUGUGUGUGUGUGUGUGUGGGGGGAAGGACCUGCUUGAGCCGAGUCUGUGACACAAGGCUUUUCUGUGAAUUAUGUGCAAUAUAUUUUACUACUAUAAAUAAUAAACCUUGAUUGAUUUUG